AUGCAUCGUUCUUAUGCUGAUAAUAUCCAUGGUGUCGAAGCUAUCCUUAGUCGGUUAAAAUGUUUCGAUUUAAUAUUAACUAAAGAUGAAAAUCAAGUUAUUCAAGAUUUAAUCGAAUUUCUUUCUAUGUUUGAAUCUACAACAACAAUAUUAUCAGCAUCGAAAUCUUAUCCAACUAUAAGUUUGUGUUUAUUAUUAAGAAUGGAAAUCGAAUCUCUUUCACGUGUCGAUGGAACAGAAUCAUUGGUCAUUCAAGAAAUGAAAUCAUUAUUAUCAGAAAAUUUUAAUAAUAGAUUUCCAUUGAUGCCAUUAUAUAUAUGUGCAUUUCUUCUUGAUCCAUCGUAA